AUGACAGGGCGCAUCUCAUUGCUGGUACAGCUGUGUUUCGUCUUCUUCACUGCGUUGGCGAGAGCAGCAACGCAGGAGCCCCUCGUCGAUGAGAAGCCCAUCUAUCGCGCAGGGGAUGCCAUCCCCGUGACGUGUCGACGUCCGAUACUGCGUGACAGGNUCACAGAUGCCUCAGGGCAGCUUCAAUAUGUGCCCUUCCCAGUGUGCAACGAGACUGGACGCCCGCUAGAGAUCUACUUUGGUGUCGAGAAGGACAUCAAUUGCACCAUCGACUUCAUCUCGGACCCCAUGUUCCACCUCCUCGAAUUCUACGUCCAUAACGAUGCUCCCAUGACCUGUCGCAUUCCAACUCGUCCCUUCUCUGCAUCUUACAAGGCUCCGAAAGAAGACCCCUCGAUCGAGGGCCAAGGCAGUCUCGACGAUGAAUACAUCCCCCUGAUCAUUGCCUUGACAGGCACACUUCAGCUCUCGCAUCUACACGUCUCGUCUCACCUCAACAUGUUGCUACAUGCUGCUCCCAAAUCCGUGUCGCCUGGUGUCAUUGACGCCGCUACCGCAUACUCUAUAUCCACUCGGCCGCCGACUCGCAUCGUCAUCGGUGACGCUCUGCCCUUCACCUUCUCCAUUCGCUGGUACUCUGGCCAGCAAUUACCUUCUGGCUGGUCUGGUGUCGGCGGCCACAUCUACGCCAGUACUCUGAUAUACUGUAUCUUGAGCGCCGGCGCCGCAGCUGCCAUCUGCAUCGUCUACUUCNCGAGAAGACUUAGGAACCACGGANAAGAUAGGAUGACUGGUGGCAUGGAAGGCGGUAGACUGGGUGGAUACGGAUAUGCCGUAGGCACUAGCAGCUAUGCGUUGGGUUCUGCUGGAGGCAAGAGGGACUAA